AUGUCGAUUAGUAUAUUUCUCUUAUUGGAGCUCUGCUCGUUAGUUGCUGCUCUACCGGCUGGAGGAUCAGGGGGGACACGAGGUGGCUCUAGUGGUGGAACAAGAGGCUCGGGGGGCUCAUCCGGAGGCUCAUCCGGGAGUUCAUCUGGGGGUUCAUCCAGUAGCUCGGGCGGGUCCUCAAGUACCGGUGGGGGCAAGAAGGGUUCUGGAUGGACUUCAUCGAGGAAUAAUGGAUCUCGCUCUUCCUCUGGUCCACUUAGCAAGACUGCCAAAAUAAUUUUGGCCGUGAUUGGAGGUAUAAUCCUAUUGGUUAUUCUCUUUGUAUUAUUUAAGAUCUUCAGGGAUCGAUAUAGAAAACGUAAAGAGACCAAGUACUCGCCCCCGCCUGAAAAGGCAACUUCUUCGUCAUCCCCUUCUCUCUCUUCAGCUCGCAGCUCGAUCGAACACCCUGCGACUCUUUCGCACAACCCUGGUCAUACUCAAGCAGCGGUUCAUCCCACCCCACAUCCCACCACAAAUGCUGAGCUCACUUCGGCGGUCAUGGCCGGCGAGGGCUCUCGGGCGGGCCACGGCGAGAGCGGUGCAGGCUCAGGCUCAAGAGGAGGUGUUGGUCCAGUACAAUGGGAGUCGCGCGCAUUAGCUGCGAUAUCCAAAGGCAUGAGUACCAACAAUGUCAACCAGCCAUCCCAAGGUGUACCCCCAAGCAGCACUACAGAAGCUAUCAAGGUUCGUCCUUCCCCACAUGCAUUAUUAGGUCGACAGUAUUGA